AUGACUAGCCUCUCAACCAAACUCGCCGAACGCGAAGCAGUAGGCAAUCCAAUCCAAGUCGGAUUGAUUGGUGCUGGGAAGUUUGGUUCUAUGUUCAUAUCACAAUCACAUCGCACGCCUGGGAUGAGAUUGGCAUGUAUCGCGGAUCUCUCAGUCGAGCGAGCACAGGCGGCUCUCAAACGUACGGGCUACCCACAGGAGAAGUACGACGCUACUGGAUCUUUAUCGAUCGAAGAUGGCAUAAAAGUCGGCAAAACGACCAUCACGCAAGACUCGGCAGCUAUGAUAGCCACUUCCGGAAUUGACGUUGUUUUAGAGAUUACUGGGAGCCCUGCAGCAGGUAUUCGACACGCCUUGUUAUGCUGCGAACACAAGAAGCAUAUCGUUAUGAUCAACGUCGAAGCCGACGUUCUGGCUGGCCCACUGCUGGCCCGCAAAGCGAAGGAAGCCGGCAUAAUCUAUUCCAUGGCGUAUGGUGACCAACCUGCUUUGAUUGCUGAGCUCGUCGACUGGGCUCGAACGGCAGGCUUCAACGUGGUAUGCGCUGGCAAAGGAACGAAGCACCUGCCCGAAUACCACUACUCCACGCCAGAUACUGUUUGGGAUCACUAUGGCUUCACCAAGGAGCAACUUGCAAGUGGAGACUUUAAUAAGACCAUGUUCAAUAGUUUCCUUGAUGGAACCAAGUCAGCUUUAGAGAUGGCUGCCGUUGCUAACGGUUGUGAUCUCUCGCCUCCUAGCGACGGCUUGCUGUUCCCUCCCUGUGGCAGGCAAGAUCUCCCUCGAUCAUUAAGACCGAAGACCGAUGGGGGACUUUUAGAGAAGAAGGGUACCGUGGAAGUUGUAAGCUGUGUAGAGGUUGAUGGACGACCCACGUUCAACGAUCUGCGAUGGGGAGUAUAUGUUGUCAUAGAAGCCCCUGGGGAGUAUCAAAAGGAAUGUUUCAAGCAAUACGGACUUGAGACGGACAGCACCGGAAAGUAUGCCGCUCAAUACAAGCCAUAUCAUCUCAUAGGCCUCGAGCUCGGCGUCUCAGUAGCAACCAUAAUGUGCCGCGGCGAACCAACAGGCCAAACAAAGACCUGGGCUGGAGAUGUUGUUGCUACCGCAAAGCGAGAUCUGAAGGCUGGAGAGAAGCUCGAUGGCGAAGGUGGCUUCACCGUCUACGGAAAGCUUAUUCCUGCUGAAGAAUCUUUGAAAAUCGAGGGUCUACCGAUUGGCUUGGCACACGGUUUCGUGUUGAAGAAUGAUGUGAAAAAGGGUCAGGGGCUCAGUUGGCAAGACGUCGAGUAUAGCGAGAACGCACAGGCUGUUGCGGUGCGUAGGGAGAUGGAGAAAUUGUUCAGGAAGGAAUUGUACGGAAAGGCUAAUGGAGUGAAUGGUUCUUGA